AUGAUCAGAGCAGUGUUUCUGAUUCUGAGCUGGAGAGAGCUAGCCCCAACGAAAUCUUGGGAUGAGGUUCCUCUGGACCAUGAGUCAAAUGAGAACCAUACAGAUGGACCAGAAGAAGAAAAAGACAAUGAAGAGGAAGAGACAAAAGGAGAAGAAAAGGAAAGAAAGGCUGAGGAAGCACAUCCACGUGCAGUUCCGUCUUCUGAGAUCAUUCCUAGUUGUGACAAGGAGAAGGACAAUGACAGCACGGACAAGAACGCUUUGUCUCAAGAUAGACUUGACAUAACAGAAGAUGAUAAAGACAUUCAACAAACACUUGUGACACCUGCUAAGUGGACAAUUUCUUCACGUAAACGUGCAAGAAGGCACAAACUACAGCCAAAGUUAACAGACACAGUAAUACAUAGCAAUGACUUGAAAAAUAAAGUGAGAGAAAGCAAAAAAGACCAACAAAAGAAAAAGAAAGCAGAAAAGGUCAACGACAGAAGAGAACUAUCAGGUGUGUCGAAAAGUGUUAUGGAAACCUCAUAA